AUGGAUGACGCGGAGUCUUCAGAUAUAGUGCUAGACCAUUCUAUAGAUGAAUGUAGUAGUGAAGUAGCACUUAUGGACACCACAACGUAUUCUUUGCGCAGAAGAUCACCAAGAAGGACAUCAGUAGCCUUGGAAAAGAGUGCACAGAAUGGCUAUGACUCGGAAUCUUCUACUCCUAGGCCAAAACACAAGCAACGAAAACAACGAGUACAAAAGGAAAAAUAUGGUGAAUCAAAUAAACAGCUACAAACAACAAAGAAGUCAAAAAUAAGUAAAAUUAGUGAAGCAUCAAAUAAUUCCAUGCCUUCUGAUUAUGCGCUUGAAACAGAAGGUCAAGUGAAAGUCAAGGUAGUCGAUUUAAAUGGUGAAAGAGUGGUUUAUAUGGGGCGUACAGAUACACUAGAUAAAAUCUAUCAAAUGUAUUGCAAAGAAGACCCAAAUGUAAAGAUGAAACAUAAGUCUAUUCCUGUAUCAAGGCAUCUAACGCUCGAUGAGAUCAAUUUUGACGAGAACCACUGCAUCAGCAUACACGGUCUGAGUGGGAUUGGUAAGGAGUCUGAUGAAAUACAUAUAAGGGCGAAUCUCAGCACAGAUAACACCAUUGAAAUCGAUGUUGGGAGAGGCAUGAGAGUUGAUGAGGUGCUGGCAAUUGCUGUUAAAGAUGGUUCUACUGGAAAUAUACUUGUGAGGAACGGUGAAGUGCUGCAAAUGGAAGCACUGAUUGGAAGCAUGGUGAAUCCUGGAGAUGUGCUUGAUAUAGUAAACAUAAGCGAUCUUGAAUACUUGAUAUAG